AUGGCGUGCGGGAGAAGUCGAGGAAGAUGUCGAGGCCAAAAGCGCAAACGAAGUCCGGUACAGCAGCCGUCAAAAGUCGGCUGGUCAGAUCUGCCUACAGAAUUGAGAGAGAUGAUAUUGGGGGCUUUAGAGGACUUGUUACAUGGUGGGAAAGCAGCCUCGUAUGCCUUGGUCUUCAAGGAAUGGAACCGAAUUCUUGAGCCUUACAUCUUCAAGCGCCUCAAGCUAUCGCUAGAUCGUAUGGAAAAGUUUAGGGAUAUUGUUACCGACCGACGUCGACUAUUCGUUCAGUUUAUAUGGUUCCGGUUCAAGAGGUGUCCCUGCUCUAGCAUGAGCACGAUAGACGUUGACUCCCGAAAUGACCACAUCAAAUUCGCAUACACAAUUUAUUGUUUAUUUCAGUGGCUUUCGGAAUGGGAAUUAAGACAAGUAGGCCAGCCAGGCAUUGUUUUAGAGCUGAGCGCCUUCUCGGGCUUUGAUACUCCCGAUUCCAUGAAAGAUACCGUACCAAAACAAUUACAAAAUGUUGACGUUACAGAGGAUAGCGAUACGCUAAAUGCCAUGUACGAAAAAUUGCCCGUCCGCCAAGUACGUGGAUUGCCCAGAGAAGAGGUAAUCCAUCGAAGGAUGUUGAGAAGCUUCUACGUUCCUGGUAAGGCUCCAGGCGUACUAGAAGCGCCAUUUCCUACGGUCAAAUUGAUCACAGACCUUACAGUACGUCGACAGAUGCACAGCAGCUUCUUUGGACGACACAUGGGACGUUUGGUCAAAGCACUACCCAGGCUUGAGUUCAUUACAUUCCAGCCAUCAAGCGAUGGUUUUCUGCAGGAGGGAUGGCACGGGUGGUCAGAAGACGAGAAUGCCCAACCUAUACAAGACAUUCUAAACGCGAUGCCAUCUUCGAUUAGGCGCCUGCAAGUGCUUGAAGAUGACGUGUCAUUAUAUAAUCGCAACAACAUACUACCAAGAAGAGGGCCCGACCGCCAUGAUCUGGGUCGACUGGCGGCAGACAUCAGCCAAGACAAGGAGCCAGAGGCGCUAGCAAUGUCCUUCAUCAUCGACGCCCUGGACUUUUUCACAGAUUUUGUGACACCCCAGAUAACUCGGCCUCCAGAUAAAAGCUCGGAUGGGCCAAACUUACUUCGCUCAUGUUGACUGCUUCCGUC